GCUUCGAAUUCGGACAUCUGUCGCCUUUGCCUCCCAAGUGCUGGGAUUAAAGGCGUGUGCCACCACCGCCAGGCUAAGCUUACUAUUCUUAAUGUGCUAUGAACCGUGGCGCCGGUAUGAUUUUGCAAAUACUAAAAGGAUCAGAAAGUAGCUCACAGAUUUCCCCAAAGGAAAAGCUAGGGGAAACCACUUAAGGAAAAAGACUGCUGGCCACUGUGAGAAGUUGUGAGUGCUUUUUCCUAAUAGAAUUCGCUGCAGUUGAUGAACUGAGUACCUUUGAGGAAAACAGAGUAUUUCUCUGAGUGACGUCUUUCCUGCCUCUACUGCCUUUUCCUCAAGUAUUGUAACAGGAUGUCUGCACAGCCGGUGGAAGAAGAUUCAAUACUUAUCAUCCCAAAUCCAGAUGAAGAAGAAAAAGUUCUGAGAGUGAAACUAGAGGAGGAUCCUGAUGGUGAAGAGGGAUCAAGCAUUUCCUGGAAUCAUCUCCCUGACCCGGAGGUUUUCCGACAGCGGUUCAGGCAAUUUGGAUACCAGGAUUCACCAGGUCCCCGAGAGGCUGUGAGCCAGCUCCGAGAACUUUGCCGCCUGUGGCUCAGACCAGAGACACACACGAAGGAACAGAUACUGGAGCUGGUAGUGUUGGAGCAGUUUGUUGCCAUCCUACCCAAGGAGCUACAGACUUGGGUUCGAGAACAUCAUCCAGAGAAUGGAGAGGAGGCAGUGACCGUUCUAGAGGACUUGGAGAGUGAGCUUGAUGAUCCCGGACAGCCGGUUUCGGUCCGUCGGCGAAAACGGGAAGUGCUUGUAGAGGAGAUACCUCAAGAAGACGCUCAGGGAUUACCAAGUUCUGAGCUUGAUGCUGUAGAGAACCAGCUCAAGUGGGCAUCCUGGGAACUCCACUCUCUGAGGCACUGUGAAGAUGAUGCCAGGACAGAAAAUGGAGCCCUGGCUCCAAAGCAGGAGACUGCCUCAGCUGCAGAAGCUCAUGAUGUUCCUGGCCCUCUUAAUAUAGGUGUUCCUCAAAUCUUUAAAUAUGGAGAAACCUGUUUUCCCAAGGGCAGAUUUGAAAGAAAGAGAAAUCCCUCUCGAAAGAAACAGCACAUUUGUGACGAAUGUGGAAAACACUUCAGCCAGGGCUCAGCCCUUAUUCUUCAUCAGAGGAUCCACAGUGGGGAGAAGCCUUAUGGAUGUGUCGAGUGUGGAAAAGCCUUCAGCAGAAGUUCCAUUCUGGUGCAGCACCAGCGAGUCCACACUGGCGAAAAACCUUACAAGUGUCUUGAGUGUGGGAAAGCCUUUAGCCAGAAUUCUGGGCUUAUUAACCAUCAGCGAAUUCACACUGGGGAGAAACCUUAUGAAUGUGUUCAGUGUGGAAAAUCCUAUAGUCAAAGUUCAAAUCUUUUUAGACAUCAGAGAAGACACAAUGCAGAAAAACUUUUGAAUGUUGUGAAAGUUUAAGAAAUUAGGGGAAAUAAUAAGCACUCAGGUCUUUUUCUUCAGAAAUGAAGACAAAAUUAAAAACAUGAAGUGAUAUAGAAAAGAUUUUUUUUUCCCUGUUGACUGAGAAAAUUCAUUGGGAAAUACGAAAAAAAAUCUUCAUUCACCAUUAUUAUUGUGAAAGAAAUGGUGUUAUGCCUAGAAACUGAAAUUUUAAAUAAUUCAGGUGUUAAUACCUAAAUUUUCCAUGUGAUGUUUAUAUUCUCUUUUUCUCCCAAGUAAUGAGCUACCUGAUUCUUUAUCCCUUUCUAACAAUUUCCUUUUUCAGACAAAUACUUUAUUUCUGUGUUGGUCAUUGGAAUGUUUUGUAAGGAUACAUACCUUUCUAUUUUAAAGACAACAUAGGAAUUGUAAAAUCUAAAAGCCCAUCUUUAAGCAUUUAAAAACAUCUUUGGAAAUUUAGUUUCCUUUUGUUCGGUUUGAGUAUAUUUGGGAAAAAUAGAAGAUAAAGGCUAGCCAAAGCCUCAGUGUUAAGUGAGCCUUAAGAUCUCGGAUGAGCAAUGAUGGCGAAACGGCCAAGAGUGAAAGGGAGAAAUUAUACACUGAAGUGGACCAGUCAAGUGCAGCCAUCUUUCUAAAGGAAAACUUACAACCAGACAAGAAGCUGAUUUUAUCUAAUGUGUGGGCAUCUUACGAAUGAAAGCAGUUUGCCUGUGUAAAGAUAGACACUUGUAAAAGUGAAGGUAAAUAUAACACUAAGGAAGAAUUCGUAUGAAUGCUGGUGUUGAAAAGCAAGUGUAAAAUUAAGGCAGUUAUAUGAUGUGGCUUUUAGGGAAAACUCACAAGUUGAACUCAUUUUGCCCUCAUCGUAGUUAAGGAUAGAAAAUUCCUUAAUGAGAGGGCAACAAUAUCAGGUUUGCUCUUUUUAUUCCUUUGGUACAAAAGGGUUGAACAGCAGGCUAAAACAGCCACGCAUUUAGUAUUAAACAUUUCCACCGACAAUGCACUGUGCUAGGUACUGUAAGCCUACUCUAAGUAGGGAGGCAUUUGUUCCACUGUAAGUCAUAGGGGUUCCCCAUCAGCAUUCCCAGGUCACCUCUGAGAUUCCCAGAGUUGUAGUUCUCUAACACGUGUGUUGUGUUUAGAGGGAGAGACGUCAGCUCAGAAGGCUAGCUAGCUAGCUAGUCAGUUCUUAGCACUUUUCAGAGGUGAGUUCAGGACACGCUCUUCUAGUUUGAACAUUUUCAAUCUUAGACCCCAAUGUAAUUUCGAGUAGCAUUGCAGUUAUAACUACAAGUUAAGUUGAAUGGACUGUUCUACUUUAACAAUAAACAACUAGGCUAUUAAUAACUAGUUUAUUAACUGUCAGAAUUUAUUGAAUUUUUUUAAUUUACAGUCUUAACACAUUUUUUAAAAAACAUAUUAAAAGUAAUACAUUUUAUUAGUAGGAUUCUGUAUGCCGUGGCUAAGAAUCCAAGUACUGUGAUUCUACUGUUUAAUGGAAAACUCUGGAAGUUAAAAGCAUUGAGUGUAAGAAGAGGUUUUUGUUUUUGUUUUUGUUUUUAUGUAAGACAGGCAUCAUUACAUGGGAAAUGAUCCAUGGGAGUACAAAUAUUUCUAGCGAUUUGGGUUAUAUCUGGUGCUUGGUCAAAUUUUAAAAUGAAAGUGAGAUUUUUUGCGUGAGCCUAUUGAAAAACAGUAAUAAAUGCAAUGCCAACUGAUGAAGUAAGGCAGAAUGAAGCUUGUUCGUAGAUUUCUGAUAACAAUUAUAAGAAAUGUGCUUUAUAGAUUAAGAUUUAUUGAAGUAUAAAUAUGUAGUAUGCUAUAAUGUAUUUUUAAGUUAUACAAGAAAAUGUAGGGACUUUGGUUUGGGUCUUUUCUGUGGCGGAGAGGAAACACAUUACUGUCAAUAAAGCUGUAAGCUUCUCUGCUCUAAGAUACAGUCA